UGGCGACACCGGAUUUUCAACCGGCCGGAUGAUUAGAAGAUAAAGCCUCCACAUGCCUGUGUUUCCCACCAUCACGCCAACCCCCCUGUCUCCUCCCCACGGCACUAAAAGGAGGGACACAAGAGAUGGCAUCCUUGGAAGGGAGGAAAGGAUAAAAAGGUGCAUAGGUAAAGUGAGUCGGAGGAAAACUUUCAAAACAUUACUUAGAAAAUACAAACGUAUGUAUAUUUUUUCAUCAAACGGACCGAGCCAGGAUAAGCAGUGACUAUCUGUGACACAUCCUGCCUGGUUUUCAAGGGGCACCACUGUUCAAGAGAAGUCCGUUUCAGCAACAGCUUACAGCAAAGGACCAAUCCCAAAGAUGCAUGAGAGGAAAAACUCCGGGUCCUACGAGGUGAACGAGCGGCCGCACUUCAUAGAACAGACGGGCUGGUGUCCCUCUCGCUACUUUCCACUGUGUAUGUCAUCGGUGUGCUCCUGCAUCAUCUACGUGAUCGGAGCCAUCAUCACAGGCAUCACUUACCACCACUACUCCCUCAACGUUAUAUGCAGCAAUCCAGAUACAUUUGAGGUCACAGAGAUGCAUGUGUUCAGCUCGCCAUUAUCGGUGGUGGGACCCUGCCUCAUGUCCUGUGGGGGAACUCUCUUUGUGUACAUUGUGUUUCAGUGGCUCCUGUGCCGUCCUAAUGUCUCUUAACACACAGACAAUUUUUACUGAUUUCUUAACUGUCUUGACUGAUACAAAUACAUUAAAGUGUCUCACCAGCCCUUCAUCACCACAGGGACAUUCUCAAACUAUUCCUUUUUUUUUUACAAUAUCAGUUAAUGACACUUGAAAGGUACAGUACUGGAGUCCAUUUUGUGGAUCUCUAUUCUUCAUGUAUACAAUGUUAGCAAAUCCUUAUCAUAACAUUGAGAAAUAAAAAUACUACAAAAUUUUA